AUGAAUCUCUACUUUGUUCCGAAUGACCCGGAGCACACAACCCUCGUCUCCACGAACGGCAUUGCCCACUACCAGGUCGCAACAACGAAGGGGAGCACUUUCGGCGGGCCUGCGGUCACGGUGAUCAAGCGUCCAGCGGACUCCGAAAUGGACAGCGUUGUGGCGGAGGUGGAAUGGCGGAGGUGGGGCGCGCAUCCGGUCGUGCGGAGCAAUGUCUUUGACGGGCAGAUCCAGGAGUUGAAGGUCUGCGAUUUCCUGUACAAGCUGGGAAGCCACUUCAGCCACACACGCCAUUUCCUGGGAAAUGACGACGAGGAGUAUCGCUGGAAGCUAGUGAAGGGCAUCGGUUUCGUCCUCACCGACAACAAGACACGCAGAGAAGUCGCACGUUUCACCCAGGACGUAGUCCGGGAAGGCUUCUUUCGUGGCGAGCGAAAGUGGCUCCUCCAAAUCCAGCCGUCGACGUUAGACAUCGAUAUGAUUGUGGUCACUUUCCUCAUCAUGGAGAAGAAGCGGCGGGACCGCGUUGCUGAUCAUAUGUCUGUCGCUAAUCGUGACGAGGACCCGGGGGACGGCGGAGGCUUUGACGUAGGGAUUGCUUCAUGA